AUGAGCUCCCAAGUACCGACCAUGGCGGAAAAUUGCUCUCGUAACUCCUUUUUUCGCUUGCCCACAGAGAUCAUUCAGUAUAUUGCUUACUUGCUACCUCGCGACAUCGAUAUGGUAAAUUUCGCCCAAUGCUGCCCUUGGCUAGCAGCAAAAACACUGCCGGGUCAUUCUUCCAUCUGGCGAAGCCGCUUCAUUGACCUUUAUGAUGUUACUCGACAAUAUGCUUCUAAUGAAGUCAAAGUUGAGUAUCAAAUUCGAGCCAUUGUUCUCUCACAAUCCAUCAGUUUCAAAUUCGGCCAAAAGGAAGCGCAGACUCUCUGGCUGGAAGUCCUACGAGAUAUGCUACGUGAAUCAUACUGGCUUCUAGAGUCGAAUGGGCCAUACACUUCUAAGAACCACCAGAAGAUUCGAGACAUACUCUCCAACUCUGAACUUCUGAACAGGCCCGUUAGCGGCUACAGUCAGAAGGAUGCAGGCUCGCCUUCCGAUCUCUUCUGUGCAACCCAGUUGUGCCUGACCGGUUUAGCUCUGGAUCCUCUUAUGUCUGUUCAGUGUCUGAGGACAGACUAUGACGUUGGCGUCGUCUAUGGUUACAGGGCUGAGAACAGCAGACCAAUUGUGCUUGAAAACAAGCUCGACCUGCAGAAGUUACUUCACAUACGCAACUUCUGGCUUCGUCAUCUUCUCUGCCCGACUGAAGCGACCUUUCACGCUUCUUAUAUUAACCUGGCUCCACGCUACAAGCCCAGAUCAUGGGGUGAGCUUGCGCCUUCUGAUGAUGAAUUGCCAUGGAUGGGUUAUGCAUCAUGCGUGCACCCAUACCCGAGAUCUCUGAAGAUCCUCGAGGAUCGCCAGACAUGCGCGGAUCUGGAUACUAAUUGUGCGCAAGUUCGGUUUCAGUCUCUUUCAGUGAAACCCGAUCCCAACCCCUUGAAUUGGCCACCUAUACUUCAAUCAGUAGUUUCUCUUGAUCCUCUGAACUUCGAACGAUCAUAUUUUCGUGGAAUACGGAGAACACCUGACUACGUCGUUCAACCCCCGGAUCUGGUGCGAGGGUUCUGUGAACCAAUCGCCGAUUUCCAAGGGGGCUUCUCUGGCUGGCGUCGCAUUUGCUUCGUGAUAUAUCAAUGGGAUCAAGAGCAGCCGCCCGUUCUUUCUGCUAACGAUGGCACAGAGCCCGCUCUGGAUGAGAACGCAGGGCCUUUCGAGGCAAAAUGGCCGCCACCAGACUUUGAGUCUGAUUUUUACUUAGUACAGGUUUACGAGGGCGUGAUCCUACCGGAAGGUAGAAUGAUGAUCGGAACUUGGAUAGAUCUGCUGGAGACGCUGGACAAGGGUCCGUUUAUCUUUUGGAAACGAUGA